GGGGCGUCCCUGGGGAGGUCUUCCGAGACUCCGAUGUUGCUGGUAACAACUAUAUAAGAGAGGCACACCAGAGCAGGGACAGUCACAGGUGGACGCCAGCAACUGCUUAGUCUCAGAUUAAGCUGGAGCCUGAAAGUCACAAGUGCACUCAUAAGGGACCAUGUCUGCCUGCGCGUCAGCAGACCACCGUCGGGUAUGCCCCUCGGUCCACGGAAACUGGUUCGACACGACCCGCCGCAAGAAAGCCGCCGCCAACAUCUUUGAAAACGUCAACCAGGACGUCCUGAUGAAGCUCUUCCAAAAAACGGGGGACAUGAAAGCUGAGGAGCGCGUCAGGAGCAUCUUCUCUUACGGGCAAGAUCCCGAGGAGAUAUCCAAAGCCUUAAUGGGUCUCAAGCAGAGGAAGAAGGACAAGCUCCUCCAGAUUGCCGGCUUGUCUAGGCAAAGCCUGAAACUUCGCUGACUCAUCAUAAGCUCCGGUGGAGCUUUUCGCUUCAUUUUGCCUUCGUGAAUGUGCGCAGACCCGGCGCGGAGGUGCGGCUCCCAAGUAGACAGAGAAAUCCCCGCAAGGGGCGGAAAAAGGAACACGGCGUUGCACAAGUCGUGAUGAAGUUAUUGUUAUUUUACGAAACAGCGGACUACUUCUGCUGCUGCAAAGCAGCGAAAGACUUUUUAACCUUGCACUGGAGAGCAAUCAUCGGGGCUAAAGCCCCAAUCGAUUAUGUUAGGACGGACUUUAAUACAGGUGUUUUUUUGUGGCCGCUUCAGGCGGGACGGACUCGAACUGGGGAACUUAAAAUGAAUUUCCUAAGCCGCUAUACAUUUGUUUAAAUGUGGAGGCUAAACCUGCACCUUACAGGUGUAAUAAAUUCUUUGCUGUUACAUAAAUAAAAACACGAAUUCUGCAUUUUUUUAACAUGUACAGUCUUCCAUCUUCACUAGUCUACUCGAAUAAUACGCGAGCAGAAUUUUAGCCUAACACUCAUUUAUGCUAGCAUUUUGUGUGUCGGAAAAUUGCAUGACAAUAUACUGUCGUAAGUUGUGCAGUUCAUAAAUCUCAUUUUAUUAAAAUGUAAUUUUUGGACUUCCGAUUUCACUCAUUCUGCGUUCCAGAAGUUAUAUUUGUUAAGGGUGAUUAUAGUGCGGAUUUGAGUAUUUAAAUACAAUUUAAAAAAUCAAAUUAGUGCUGAACAAAGUAGCAUCAGACACCGAUAUAAUUAAUUAAAUAACUAAUAUGAUGUUCUUUAAUGACUGUAGGAAAAUCUGUCACUUUCUAUUAAAGCUCAGUCACAACCACAUAUUUGUAGUGAAGAGUAUAAAAAGAUGAUGGUAUAUAAAGGUGAUGAAAAGUGCUGAUAAAAAAGGGUGAUACAACAUUUAAUUAAAGGACUUGCUGUCCUGCUUCAUAGAAAACAUAGGCUACUUAGCUGAAACUGGGGGAUGCUGGCUGGCUUAGUGGGUUAGGCCUUGUAAUCAAAAGGUUACUGGUUCAAAUGCUGGGAAUGGCAGACUGAUGCUGCCAUUGGGCCCCUGAGCAAAGGCCCUAAUUCCCAGCUCCAGGUACUGGGAAUACAGGGGUACAUCUGUACAGUAUAUGUGUGUCUCUUGGGCAUCAUGAUGGGAUUGACGAAAGGACAAUUUCCCCACUGGGAUCAAUAAACUAUCAUUAUUCCAAAA